UCAUAAUUUUGUUGGAGAAAUUAAAUUAUUAAGAAUGGAAGAUGUGAAACUUUUGGGCACAAAAGAAAGUAUAUUUACUCAAAGAAUAAUAUGGGCACUUAAGUUGAAAGGCAUUUGUUAUGAAUUUAUUGAGCAAGAUUUUUCUAGCAGAAGUAGUCCAUUGCUUGUGAAACUUAACCCAGUUUACAAUAAAGUGCCUGUUAUUGUUCAUGAUGGAAAAUCAUUAGCUGAAUCACUUGUUAUUCUUGAGUAUAUUGAAGAAACAUGGCCACUUAUUAAUCCUUUAUUUCCUCUGGAUCCUUUUCAAAGAGCUUCUACUCGUUUUUGGGCUCGUUUUGUUGAUGGCAAGUUUUAUGAAGCAGCUAAGAAGGCAUUUUUCUCCUCUGGAGAAACAAAAGCAGAGGGAGUUGAAUCGGUGGUAGAGGGAUUACAUCUUCUUGAAGGACAAAUAAUUGGGAAAAAGUUUUUUGGUGGUGAGAAAAUAGGGUACCUUGAUAUAAUAACUGGUUGGAUUGCUUAUUGGUUCCAAUAUAUUGAAGAAAUUGGUGAAUUUAAAGCAAUGGAUUCAACAAAAUACCCUUGUUUACAUGCAUGGAUCAACAAUUUCAUUCAACUUCCUAUUAUUAAACAAAGUCUUCCUACACCUGAUGUUGUCAAAUCUGUUUUUAGGGGAUUCAAAGAUGCCGCAGCCUUGGCUGAUGCAAAUUGAAUUAAGAGGUGUUUGAUGCAACGCAAAUUAUUAUUUGUAUAUGAUAAGUACAUAUAUUUUGAGUAGCAUAAGUGUUCAGUAAGUACAAGUCUUGGAGUUCAUAAACGGAAUAAAUUAAAAUAUACUUUCUGGUGUCUGUAUGUUUUGGUUACAUACGUACAAACUCUUCCAAAAAAAUAAAAUGAAAUUGGUUAUGUUCCAUUGAAAAGAUACUCUCUUGUUAGUAAGGCAUCUUUAGUAGAGGCAUUUUAUAUGUGUUUUAGGAAUAUAAACUUAGGUUAAAGCCACUUGAUAGCUGCAUUUUUCUUGUAACAAGAUAGUUGAAUAUUUCAGCUUCCGUUACCUCCAAGAAAAAGCACACAACAUAAAAAAAACAAACAUUUGCCGCUCAAAGAGUCUUUAAUGUGGAAGAAAUAGGUAUUUUUAUGAUGGGAAAAACAGAGGAGAAUAAUGCAUUCGAACAUUUUAGUCAUGGACAUCAAUUUGUUUACAUCAAUAAGCAAAGUAAUGCAAUUUGCUUUGGAUGUAGACUCAAUAUAUUGCCUGGUAAAUUCUACUACAAAUGUGAAAGUACGUGUUCGUUUUUCCUUCAUCAAGAGUGCUUCAAUAUGCCCAAAAGCUUGCAGCAUCCAGUGGAUCCAAUCCAUCGUCUUACUCUACUAACGACAAUACCUUCUUCAUCAAAAUGCAACGCGUGUAGAAAAGAAAUCUUGGGAUUUUCUUACGCGUGUGCCAACUGCUCUACUUAUUAUCACACACUAUGUUUAUUAGCAUUACCUCUUUCGAUUGAAAUGUCAUCUCAUUGCCAUAAACUGGACUUGGAAUUCUGUCCUCCUUAUGAUUUCGAAUGUGACUUGUGCAAAAAGCCUAGUUAUAAAGGGUGGCUUUACCAUUGCAGCUCUUGUGAAUUUGAUGCACAUAUUUCAUGUGCUAUUACACAUACUGAUGAAAGAAAAACAGAGAAAUGUGAUGAGUUGAUGGAAUUACUGUCGAUAUACAUGAAGGGAACGGAGGAAACCAGCGUUAGUCAAGAUCAACUUCAUCAAUAUCAAGCUCAACAAACCCCGAGUUAUCAAUUCAGUGAUCAAUGCUUUUCCAUUGAUCUUACAAAGUCUCAGCAACUAAACGAUGAACAAACCAGAUCAAUGGACACUAAGGAGAAAUCGAAUGUGGCUUAUGUUACACUGGCAAAUGAGAUAGGUUCUGAAGUUUGGAUGGGAUUAGGCAGGGAAAUGGAGAAGGCUUAUCACACAAAUGACUCUAACAAAGAACGUUCGAGGAGUUCAUGUUGUCCAGACAUACUUCAAACUCUGUUUUGUCUAAAGAAGUGAAAAUACAGGAUGUAAACUAUUAUUCUUAAUAUAAAUGUUUCUAUUUGAUGAACUAAUUUUAUCAGUCUAAAGGGAUGAAAAUUAGUUUAGUCUCUUA